AUGCGGCCAUCGAUCACUGCGAAGGCAACGGCGGCGGCGACGGCGGCGGCUGCUGCUACGGAAGAGACGAAGAGCUGGAGAAUGUCGACCCAGGGGGAAGAUGAAGAAGAAGAAGAAGAUGAUGUUGGGCGAUGUGACGUCUCACGCCUCGAUCACACCGGCUCCCAGCAGGCGGGGCAGUCUCUCUGCGGGACAGCCCAGGCGGUUGGCAGCACUGGACGUCUCUCACUCCCUCCCUCACAGAUUGAGAACAGAUUGGCUCCGCCAGGGCCGUCUACAGUAGUCUACUACACAGGUACAAAGGCGGCCAUGACUCCGCCCGCCCGCGCGGCACAGUUGCGCCGAGUGCGUUGGGCGCCCGUUAGAUGGCAGUAG